AGCUUAAUUCAAACCAAUCCCAAAAUCCUUCCACCCUUUCUGAUUGUGCUGAUGACAGCCCAUAUGUGACGUCAAGACUGAUCCUGACGAGUGCGUGGCACCGUGAGUGCGCGCGCGCGCUGGGGUUCGGGCUGAACCAGCAGCGGAGAAAACAUCUGGAUCGUAAAGGAGUAAAAAAAAGGAUGUCGGACCGCGCUGAGCUGCUACCGCUGCUGCUGGGCCGUGUCUCUUUCAGCUGCCUAUUCGGUCGGUGAUCCCCUCAUGGAGGGGGAAUAACUGGGUCACUCCAAACUCCUCCGCGGAUUCACAUUGGAGGAAAAAAAGAAAACGUGCUGCCGAAGUUGUCUCAGUUCUUCACUAUGGAUCAGUCCGUUGCAAUUCAGGAAACUUUGGGAAAAGAAGAAAACUGCAUUGUAGCUGCACAAUGUGACAUCUUACUUGAGGAUUGCUCAGAAAGCAGACUUCUUGGACUGGUAGAGUGUGCAAAAGAGCAUGCAAUCUUUAUUUAUAUCCAUCGGAGAAUGGCCAUUACUGCUGAUGAUGUGUCACUUGAAGACAUUAUACCCAUCACCCUUGACUUUGCUGUUGUUGAAGUUUCUUCUCCAGAACAGCUUGUGGUUGUGGGUGCAGACACCAGAGUGAGAAUGAGCUACAAGAAUGAAAAAUUAGAGCUCAGGCUUCCGUUUGGGUCCCACUCUCGCCUCUUUCUCUGUGAAGUCAACAAGGCAUGGAGUGAUGUGUGCAGGUUGCCCACACAAGUACCCAAGUUCGAGUGGACCAAGAAGUACAAGAAAUCUAUCAAAAGACAGGAAGCUGCGAAGCAAGCCAUUGCACCACUGGAGGUGUUAUCUACUAAAAAUAACCAGCACCAGAAAAUCGAGAAAGUGUCGGACAAAAAGGGAUCGUUAGAAAAGGUGAAAAGUUCUAACAGUAUCUCACAAAAGUCCAAAGGGAAUUCCAGCCAAGAUAACCAGAGCAUUUCUAGUCGAGAGGAGCGGGAUGAUCUGGUGCGCUCCUCCAGCCACACCGCCUCCAACAAAGCUCAGAUUCUGGCCAUGCCGCAGUUCGGCCUGCGCGACAAUCUCAUCAGGUGUGAGCUGCUGAAAAGUGAGGACUCGUACACCUAUCUGGAGAAUUUCAGAUUCUUUCUUGGCACAUACAAUGUGAAUGGUCAGACACCAAAGGAGAGCCUCCGUCCGUGGCUGAGCUGCACUCCCGAUCCUCCUGACAUUUAUUGCUUAGGUUUUCAGGAGCUAGAUCUCAGCAAAGAGGCUUUCUUCUUUAGUGACACCCCCAAGGAGCUGGAAUGGAUGAAGGCCGUGUUUGAGGCUUUGCAUGAAGAAGCUGAUUAUGCCUUGGUGAAGUUGAUCCGUUUGGUGGGCAUCAUGCUGAUAUUCUAUGUGAAGAAGGAGCAUGCAGAAUUCAUCUCUGAUGUGGAGGCAGAGACUGUGGGCACAGGCAUAAUGGGAAGGAUGGGAAACAAAGGGGCUGUUUCGAUCCGUUUUCGCUUCCACAACUCUGAUAUCUGCGUAGUCAACUCUCACCUUGCUGCGCAUGUUGAAGAGUACGAAAGACGUAAUCAGGACUUCAAGGACAUUUGUAGUCGUCUCCAGUUUCGGCAGCUCGAUCCUACAGAGCCUCCACUCACCAUCUUGAAGCACAAUGUUGUUUUGUGGAUCGGGGACCUCAACUACAGAAUCAGUGACCUGGACGUCGACAGUGUGAAAGAUCUAAUCACCAAGAAUGAUUUUGAGACGCUUCACUCUUACGAUCAGCUCAAGAGGCAGAUCGAUGUGGAGGCUGUGUUUGUCGGCUUUAAGGAAGGAGAAAUUGAUUUCCAGCCCACCUACAAAUACGACACCGGCUCCGAUAAAUGGGAUACAAGUGAAAAAUGCCGCAUCCCUGCAUGGUGUGACCGUAUCUUGUGGAAAGGCAAGAACAUUCAGCAGAAGCAUUACAAGAGCCAUAUGGAUGUAAGGACCAGUGACCACAAACCUGUCAGCUCUUUGCUCGUCAUCGGGAUCAAGAGAAUAAAUCCUGAAGCUUAUAAGAAGACCUUUGAAGAGAUUGUGCGCAAUAUAGACAAAAUGGAGAAUGAAUGUAUUCCGUCUUUAAGCUUGUCCAAGCGGGAGUUCCACUUCAAGGACGUGAAGUUCAUGCAACACCACGCUGAGACCCUGAACCUUUUCAAUGAUGGGCAGGUCCCAUGUCAGUUUGAAUUCAUCCAGAAGCCGAAUGAAUCCACGUACUCCAAGCCCUGGCUCACAGCCAACCCAUCCAAAGGCUUCAUUGCACAAGGUGCUUCUAUGGAUAUUGACCUGGAGGUCUUUGUAAACCGCACAACGGCACCAGAUCUAAACUGCGGCAAGCAGGAGAUUGAAGAUAUUCUGGUACUUCAUUUGGAGCGAGGCAAGGACUACUUCAUCUCCGUAACAGGGAACUAUUUGCCAAGCUGCUACGGUACUUCGAUCUAUUCACUGUGCCACAUGAAAGAACCAAUUCAAGACAUGCCGAAAGAGACCCUUCUUGAGCUGGCAGAAAAGUCUCCAAACGAUGAUACAGCAACCGAUGAAAAGCCUCUUGACAUUCCUAAAGAACUCUGGAUGAUGGUGGAUCACUUAUUUCGCAAUGCUGUCGAUCAGGAAGACUUAUUUCAGCAACCUGGACUUCGGACUGAAUUUGCUGAAAUAAGAGAUUGUCUUGAUUCAGGGAUGCCGGAUUCUCUUCCCGGUAGUAACCAUUCAGUGGCAGAAGCCCUUCUUCUCUUCUUAGAUGCCCUCCCAGAGCCUGUGGUUCCCUUUCCUUUUUACCAGCAGUGCCUUGAAUGCAGCUCCAGUGCAGGCCAGUGUGAGAAAGUUAUUUCCAUGCUACCUCAGUUCCAUAAAAAUGUGUUCAACUAUUUAGCAGCCUUUCUCCGUGAGCUCUUAAAGAAUUCUGCAAACAAUCGAUUAGAAGUUGCCAUUUUGGCCACUAUUUUUGCCUCCUUGCUCCUGAGGUCGCCUACGAAGCAGGAUUUUGCAGAAAAAAGGAAAACACAGGAGUUCUUUCAGCAUUUCCUAACCUAACAUUCCUCUUAGGCACAAAAUGUCUAUUUUGCUGAAGUGGAACACUAAAAGAAGUACAGUAUUUGAAACAAACUGUAGAAAUUUAUUUUACCACAUUUAUGUACAGCAAAGUAGUGUAUUUACAUUAAAGAAAUUAUGAUUGUAA